UAACUUCAAGUAGAAAUUAAAAAAAAAGUUAGUUUCACAUUUGACGAUUCAGUGAACCAUAAAGGGUUAACUUUGUUUUUAGUGAUGGAAACAAAUGAAUUUAAUUAACUGAUGAUGGAAAGUGAUUGAAAUUGUAAGAUUGAUUGUGAUUUAGUUUUAGUUUAUUGUUGAUUGUUAAGGUGUAGAUAUGGUCCAUUGGUAGAGUUAAACCAAAUUACUUUUCGUUAACCAAGUGACACAAUCUAAACAAUUUGACACAAAGACAAUUUGAUGAAAAUGGUUAAAUUAAUGAAACAAUUGAUUCUCAUCCAAGUGACUAUAAUUAUUUUAUCCCAUGUAAUUUUGAAAACCGAUGCUGGAAUUGCUGGUUUAAUUGCUUCAGCAGCUCUAAUGGCGAUGUUCAGACCAAAGGUGAUUCCAGUUCCAAUACCACUUCCAGUUCCCGUUCCAGUUCCGAUUAGAGGAAAAUCCCCACUGAAUAUAUUUGGCUCACAUUCGGAACAAUCAAAUUCACAAAGUUUUCCAAAUUUUCCAAAUCAUUCUUAUCUACAAUAUCCUUUUCCUCAUCAACAUCCACCACCACCUCUCAUCUCUCCAUUGGCACUUCCAUAUCUCCACCCUGGUUAUCCACCAUAUUCUCAUCUUUAUCCACCAAUUGGCCACUCGUUGAUUCCACCUUCAGCUCCAGUACCAUCACCAAAUUUUUCACCCUUCCCUUCAAUUGCUGGUCAACAACAAUUAAUGGCAACUAAUCAAUUAUCACAGAAAAUGAUACUUCCUUAUGGUUUAUUAUCUCAUCCUCAUGGAUCAGCUUAUCACCAACAUCACAUCAAUCAACAGGUUUACCAUCCAUCUCCAUUGAUUGGUCAACAUAAUUUAUAUCCUCAUGGUACAAUUCAUCCAUCAACUUAUUAUUCGGGUCCAUUUGUAAUCUAUUUUAAAUGAGAUCAAUUGAAAAACAAUAACAAUCGAAAAUUAUUUUAUAUCAACAAAGAAAAAGAAAAUCUUCCAAUCUGAAAAGAUAAGAUUCGAAAACGGUUAAUCAAGUGAUUAGAACAACUAUUUUGAUUACACUCACUUUAAUUCAAAUUGCGAUAAAAAUUUUAAAUAAACUGAGUUAA